UAACAGAAUUUCACUGAAGGAAAGUUUAAAAAUAAAUACUUCAAACAGAAGGAAAAUGAUCCUAGAUACAAGAUCUGUUCUUCUAGAAGAAAGAUCAAGAACCCUAGGGCCCAGGGAACUCUUCAGGGGAAAAUUUGCUUAUCGCUCAGGCAAGUUUGGCUUUUUCUUCUUUUUGGGAUCUAUGGAUUCUUACCUGCAUGACAACCCAGGGUUGCCUCUAAAAACUCAUUAAGACUGUUGUAUCCAGCAAUUGAGUUGUUUCACUCAGGCAGACUUGUUUGGGUAGCACUCCACCCGCCUGCAGGAGAUAAAGUCUGCCAACAAAGCCUCUUUGGGGAAAUUCUCUCUCUCACUUCAGUCUCCACGGGGUCCAUAUCACCUGUCCUCAUGGCACAUCAUACCUUCCCCUUGCAGCGCCUACACAAACUCUGUUUUUACAUUUAAUAAACUCUUUAAUUGUCUACUUACCCCAUUAGAAAUCUGAGGGCCAGGUCUGUAUCAUUUUCUAGUUUACUUCUGCACUUUAGCAAGUGCCUGGCACAUAGUAGACAUUUACUGAAUCAAUGAUCAGAUGACUAAUUCACUUCAAGAAGCCAAUAUUAGGUAUUCGGCCGAGCAUAGUUCUUCGUCUCUGCUUCAAAUCCAGCCAUUGGAGGUAGUGCUAUAGGGUUGGUGAAUUCCCAUAGAACUGUGCUGCCUAAUAUGGUAGCACAUGUGGCUAUUUAAAUUAUUUAAAUUAAUUAAAAUAAAAAAUUCAACUCCUUAGUCCCACUAGCCACCUUUCAAGCAGCUAUGGCUACCGUAUUGGACAGUGCAGACACAGAACACUUCCAUUGUCACAAAGUUCUCCUGGAGCUGCCGUCAUACAUGCUCGAGAAUUCCUACUGCCCCUCUCUCUUUCUCUCUUGCUCUUUCUCUCUCCCCACCCCUGAACCGAGUACAGGGAGAGUUGUCUUAUUAUCAGUGGCUUAAAAUGAUGCUUUUGAACCGGAAGAUUCUGGGUACUUCUGGUGACUAGCACCAUCCCACUUUUUUUCUUUUAAAUUCCUGAGCUGUUGUUUACUAGUACACUCUUUUAUUCCUAUUUCUGUUAAAGCUGAAUGUUACUUGAGUGGAAAGCCUCAUCACUUUCUUUUCUAGGUCCUUAAGCCAUUUGCUAGGGUUUCUGAGAGUUCCCAAAGCCAGGGGUCCAGGGGAGUUUGGUGUGUCUGAACAGCUGAACAUGAAAUAGUGGAGUAGGUCGGUGUGUCAGUAAGAGAGCUCCCCUUUGCACACAUGGCCAGUUAAUUGGCCAUUCUGGGAGAGUAUGGAUGAGGAGCCGGGAUUCUGAGAAUCACUGGUGACAGUUACGUGGCCUUUUGUUGACAUCCUCUGCUGAACGACUUUGCUGGAUUUCGUCUCUGCCUUUCUUCUGCCUCCUGUGGAUUUUCUGUUGGAUUCAUCACUCACCAUUCAGGCAUCAUCGUUCACUUUCUCCUUCCAGUACGACUGCUUUGUGUACUGGCCUCUGCUUUAUGCCUACUAUUCCCAGACCGCAGAGGGGGCUGUGUGGGGCUUUGGCAGGACUGCGAAAUUGACUUUGCUGUCUUUUGAGAACUAUAGUAAUGACUGCAGUGACCUUCUUGUCUAGCAGAAAGUGGUGACCACCUGAAGAGAGGGAAAAGGGAAUCUUCACUGACUUCCUCCUCAAACGGUGGCGAGUUCUUUGUUCCCCUCUCUGUUCUCUUCUCUUCCCCUUCUCCCCCUUGCCCCUGGAGGACUGACCUAAGAUGCAGCUGUGACUAAGAGUUAAUGCUUUGAAAUAACAAUACUUUAUAGUUUGCAGGCCUUGCCAAGCCAACUCACCCCAGUUGUCUCAUCCACUACCCCCCAAAACCCUGUGAGGUAGGGAGGGGAGGUAUCAUUAGCUGCAUUUGACUGAUAAGUAAGCUGAAAUUUAGAGAGAUUAGCGCAGUUGCCCUAGAUCUCUUAGACAGGAAGGCAGGACCUGGUUCUCUGUCUCUCUGCCCUGUGUUCUCUCAGUGGGGUCCACACCCUUAGAUGCAGGAAGGACAUGGCGCCGGGAAAGUAUGAGUGGGUGAGGGAGAUGGCGAGCAGAGAAGGGAAUUCAAUAGGUAGGAAAGGAGUGGUCUGCUGGGACCUCUGGCUGCUCUCCUCUUUCUCUGGGGAUGGAGGAUUGGUGAUCACAAGAGGCUGGCUCAGCAAACCUCCAGGGAGAGAAGAAAGCUCAGGGACUGGCCUCCUCUUCCCAGGAAAGGACUUGCGCAGAAGUGGGGAGGGGCUGCGUUAGCUCUCCUAGGGCUGGGGCUGCGGGAGUCACGGGCUGGGUCUCCCCAGAGAGAACCUGAUGCCCACUAUCAGGCCGGGCCUGCCGGCCUUUAGGUGCUGUGCUGCCCUGAGGCCUGGGCCAUGCCUGGGCACAGGGAAAGGCCCCCAAGCGUGUCUGGAGGAAGAAGCAUGCAGGGCGCCCCCGGAGGAGGCGUGGACCUUCGUCUGCCCUCACUCCUUGUGUGCAGUUUUUUUCUGGCAGCAGCUUUGGGCCAAAUGAAUUUCACAGGAGACCAGGUUCUUCGAGUCAUGGCUAAAAAUGAGGAGCAGCUUUCACUUCUCAGGGGCCUGGAGGGCCUGAAGCCCCAGAAGGUGGACUUCUGGCGUGGCCCAGCCAGGCCCAGCCUCCCUGUGGAUGUGAGAGUGCUCUCUGAACUGAAAGAUGUCAAAGCUUACCUGGAGUCCCAUGGCCUCCUUUACAGCAUCAUGAUAAAGGACAUCCAGGUGCUGCUGGAUGAAGACACAGAAGAGGGGCAAUCCUGCCAGCUGCAGCGCAGCACCACUGGCUUCAGUUACUCCUCUUACCACACCCUGGAGGAGAUAUAUAGCUGGAUGGACAGCUUUGUUACUGAGCAUUCAGAUGUCUCAAAAAUUCAGAUUGGCCACAGCUUUGAAAAUCGGACUAUUCUGGUUCUGAAGUUCAGCACUGGAGGUUCCCAGCACCCUGCCAUCUGGAUCGACAGUGGAAUUCACUCCUGGGAGUGGAUCACUCAUGCCACUGGCAUCUGGACUGCCAAGAAGAUUGUCAGUGAAUAUGGCAAAGACCCCAUCCUGACAAACAUCCUGAAUGCCAUGGACAUCUUCAUGGAGGUUGUCACCAACCCUGAUGGGUUUGCUUUUACCCACAGCAUGAAUCGCCUGUGGCGGAAGAACAAGACUACCAGACCUGGAAUCUUCUGCAUGCGUGCGGAUCUGAACAGGAGCUGGAAGUCAGGCUUCGGAGGAAAUGGUUCUAACAGCAACCCCUGCUCAGAGACUUAUCACGGGCCCUCCCCUCAGUUGGAGCCAGAGGUGGCUGCCAUUGUGGACUUCAUCACAUCCUGUGGGAACAUCCAGGCUCUGAUCGCCAUUCAUAGCUACUCUCAGAUGCUCAUACCUUAUGGCCAUUUGCUGGCACCUGUUCCAAACCAGGAGGAGUUGUACAAGCUUGCCGAGGACGCAGUGCAGGCCCUGCAGAAGGUCCACGGGACCGAGUAUCUGUACGGCAGCAUCAGGCCCACCCUCUAUGUGGCCAGUGGGAUCGCGGUGGACUGGGCCUGUGAGAGUGGCAUCAAGUACGUCUUCACCUUCAAACUCUGGGACACCGGGCGCUAUGGCUUCCUGCUGCCAGCCUCCCAGAUCAUCGCCACAGCCCAGGAGAUGUGGCUGGCCCUUCGGACCAUAAUGGAGUACACUGUGACUCACCCCUGCUAGCAGUGUUACCGGGCACAGAGCAGGAGACAAGGCCUGGGGCUCCUCCCGAAACCCAAGUCAGGCACCCCGUCCUCACACGCCUGCCCUUAGGUGACCCCUUAGGAAAUAAAACAAUUUUUAACAGGCUUGGUGGCCUCUGGCCCUGGUCGCCACCCCUCUGGGCUCCGCUGUGAGCAGGGGCCGGGGCAGCUUAGAACGCCUGUCCGCUCCUCUGGGGAAUUCAGGAGGGUGAGGGGCUUGCGGGCCUUACCUUUUCCCUCUGGCCGUGUUCUCAGGGCUCAGAACAGAUAACUCACUGCUAGGAGCUGCUAAUAUACACAUUGUCCCUCUGGUAUUUUCAUUUUAAGAUGACUGUGGAGGGGACAAUAUUCGAUCUAAAAGAUAGGCCUCCAGUGGUGGCAUUUCUGGCACCUUCAGGGAGAGGUGGGUCCAGACAGGCAGCCUUUUCUUCCCGCUUAUUUCCCGUGCUGGGUGGGGAGCAGGGGCACAUUUUAGAGUGCCGCCCUCCCCACCUCAGAAGAUCCCACUCACUCUGUAAAUGAAGAUUAGCUGGUCACUGGAGUGUGACCUGCUUCCCCUGGGCCCCCAGCUUGCCUGGCUCCUCUGGUCUCGGGAACAUGGAGUCACAGCCGCUCAGAGCCAGCACCGCCAAGCACCGCACGUCCAGGGCAACCAUAGCCACUUUCCUCCCCGUCACCGCAGGUCGUCAUGAUUGUCAGGCACUGAGCAGUUGGUCCAGCCUAGGCCAUUCACUCUGUGAACACUUUAUCUAGGGGAGAGAAAGGAGUAAUGUUUUGAGAUACAAAUGAAGUACCUCUGCCAUUCUCAGGCUUCCUUCCCUGCCACUGGGCGCAGAGAUCCUGGGGCUAUUUGCCCUGUCCUCAGGGCUGGGCAGGUACCCCCAAGAAGCAAGGGGUCAACUGGAGAGCUGAAUGGGUUCAUGGUAGUCUAAGAGAGAAAGCAAGACUUUGAUUUGCAAGAGCCAGACUUUUGUUGUUGCAAAAGGAAAGGAUGGUGGGUACUGUGAGUCCCCUGCGGGACACAGAGCUCAGGGUAUUACUAUCACAGAUGGCAGGAAUGCGGGAGGAAAUUAGAACAAGUCCUUCCCACCCAACCUGUAAAAGAAGACAGAGGUUGGACCAGUUAACGGAUGGCGGGGAUCAGUGGUGAUCAAACCCGUAGGUAAGGCCCAUGUCCAAUAUGGUGGCCAAGCAGCAGAUUAACAAUGACCGGUCCGGACAGGUGACUAGAGACAGGCAUAUGGCUGGGUACGCAGCAGGGAAGCAGCUGUGAAGAGCCCGAGCAAAGAAAUGAGAAGGUUGGCAGGUGAGGAGGCCUGGGGUAGGGGGCAAGAAGGCUGAGCGCAGGGACCAUGCGGCCAGAGACCAUGAUGGCACAGUGGGCAUCACCCAGGGAUGCCCGUGCCCGGGACUGGCUGUGCUGUGUGGGACUCAGGGAGUCAGGGUGAAGGACCCCUGAGGAACCCCAUUAUCUCCAGGGGAUAAGCCAGCAAUGGAGGAGGAGAUAAUCCUGACUUGGGCUGCAGUUUCUCAAAAGAGAUAAGUUUUCUUUUACAGCUGGGAGUGGUCUGAAUGAGCUAGAAUUUCCAAGCCGAAGCUUUCUGCUAUCAGUGGAAACAUGAGGCCAGGGGUUAAGUUAACAUAAGCUAUGGAUAAAUAAAGCAGGUUAUACCUUUGCACACCAGAGUCUGUGAUUGUAACUUUUAUGUCCCCUGCACAAAUAUUUUUAUUUCAUCCUCACAGAGAGGAUAUUACUGGUAUUAAUGAGGCCAGCUUUCAGAGAAGAAAACCAUGAUUUGGAGAGGUUUUAGAGGACAUGCCAGGCCACACGAAUGCAAAGUUGUUGAAAGAGAUUUGAACUUGGGUUUGUCUAACGCCAAAACCACUAUAUCACCAUUUGUCCAAGUGUGGCCUGGGCACCCUUACCCCUACCUCCCACGCUGGAGUCCAUGAAGAUAUUUGGGUUCCAGUCCUAGAUUGAA